UGGACGAUCAGGCAGAAUAUUUCCAGUAAAGCCCUUUUCGUGUGUUGUGUCAACAGCACCGCUCAUCCUUGCGCUGCUGUUUGUUUUAAAAUGAAGCGCGAUCCAUCGCAGCCGCGCUCGAUUGACGCUGCCUGCAGAUCUACCGCGGCUGCCUCGAACAACAAGGCGGUUCGCUAAUACCGUCUAUUGGUCGGCUACACUUUCUCACAGAUACACCACCGAGUGGAGCUCGCGACGGCAGCGAGACGGGCGAGCGUAGAGUACGGCGCAAGUUCCGCGACACGGCAUGGCUUCGGGAGACCUUUACGAGGUGGAGAAGAUCGUGGACAAGCGUAAAACCCGGAAGGGGAAGUGGGAGUACCUGAUCCGCUGGAAGGGCUACGGCCGGAGCGAGGACACGUGGGAGCCGGAGCACCACCUGCUGCACUGCGAGGAGUUCAUCCAGCAGUUCCAGGCCCAGCGGGUCCCCCGGGACCGGCCCGCCCGCCCGGCCAGAACCGCCGCCCCCGCCCCGCACCCCUUCAGCCGCGCCGCGGACAGCCAGGCGCUGCGGGGCCGCGGGGAACCACAGAAGAAGAAACGGGCGAGCGGGGGGGGCGCCGCGGGGGCGCAGAGGCCCAGACGGGUCGCGGACAGACCCGCCAGGUCUGCGCCCCACCGGAGCGCGCACGGGGAACUGCACUUCCUGCCCUUCAGACGGUCGCACCACGGAUUACAAAACGGCGUCCUGGACCCCUUGCGUUACAGGAACGCCCCGAAGGUGCACAGGAUCCGCCGGGGAAGAGCGGAGGACGUUUUGGGCGACAUUGAUGUGAGGGAACCUCCCAUCAAGAAUGAAUUAGGGGCUGCUCUUUCAAACGGCGGGAUUAACGUGCCCUCCUCAGCGAAACGGAAACUGGCGGGGGAGAACGGCUACGUGUUUGACAAGAGACUGAGGCACAAUGUUCGGCAGAACCAGGGCAACUGUCGAUACCGGGACAUCGUGGUGAGGAAAGAAGACGGCUUCACUCACAUACUGCUGUCGAGCCAAACUUCGGACAACAACGCCCUCACCCCGGAGAUCAUGGAGGAGGUGUGCCGGGCCUUGGGGGCGGCGGCGGUGGACAGCAGUAAGCUCCUCCUGCUCAGCGCCGUGGGGAGUGUGUUCUGCAGCGGGCUGGACCGCUCGUACCUCAUCGGCCGGCUGUCCAAGGACCGGAGGAAGGAGAGCGGCCGGAUCUCAGAGACCAUACGGGACUUUGUGAAGGCCUUCAUCCAGUUCAAGAAGCCCAUCGUGGUGGCCAUCAACGGCCCGGCUCUGGGCCUGGGGGCCUCCAUCCUGCCCCUGUGUGACGUGGUGUGGGCCAGCGAGAAGGCCUGGUUCCAGACCCCCGGGGCCAUGGUGCGCCUCACCCCCAUGGGCUGCUCUUCCUACACCUUCCCCCAGAUCCUGGGCGUGGCCCUGGCCAAUGAGAUGCUGUUCUGCGGGAGGAAGCUGACGGCGCAGGAGGCCUGCAGCAGAGGGCUGGUGUCCCAGGUCUUCUGGGCGUCCUCCUUCAGCCAGGAGGUGAUGCUACGCGUGAGGGACAUGGCCUCCUGCAGUGCGGUGGUUCUGGAGGAGUCCAAAGGCCUGGUGCGGAGCUUCCUGAAGUCCCUGCUGGAGGAGGUGAACGAGAGGGAGUGUCAGAUCCUCAAGCAGCUGUGGAGCUCCACCAAGGGCUCGGACUCGCUCUUCAGCGGCCUGCAGGGCCAGCUCUACGAGGGCUGAGGAGCGGCCAUCUUACAGCGUCCGCCGCUCGCCGCCCGCGCUAAGAUGGCCGCUCCUGGGGCGGUCGCCACGGCAAACGCUCUCCUGACAGACCUCACUGGAUCGUCCCCGGCGACAGGCCCGCGAGCCGUGCAGGAAUCGGAGCAGGGCAGUCAUGUGACGCAAUGCGUGCCGUUACCAUGGAGCCCGCACUGAGGGUCGCGUCAUCUCCCAUCUCCAGCGUUGAUGUUGCAUUCCACCGGUGUGGAGAUCUCCCUAACCGCCACCGACUGUUAUCGUCGCGUUGUAGCUCUAUUUAUUCAGUGAAAAGAGAUCAGGAUCAUUCAUAUUCCCAAACGACUGACAAGGUGUCUACUAUGGAACAAAUUUUUGUUGGUUUGUUGUUGUUGUUGGUGUUGGGUUAUUUGGUAGCAGAUGCUGUGUGGUCCUAUAUGUGUUGGAAACCAAAGCUUUCAUGGACGAUGUCUUAAUAUUGUUAAUAUUUCUUUUUACCCCUUUUCCUUCUCAUUAGGAAAGGCCCAAAUAUGCUCAUGCUGCAACACUCAUACUGCAGCCUCUGUUGUGUGAUUGCUAGAGAGUGCAUACACGCUUCUGAUUGGUAGAUAGUGUGUAUACUCGUCUGAUUGGUAGUGAGCAAAUACACGCGUCUGAUUGGUAGAGAGUGGGUAUACUCGUCAGAUUGGUAGAGAGUGCGUAAAAAGCAUCCGAUUGGUCAAGAGUGCAGACGUGUGUCCUCACCUCCAUAGUGUGUGAUGUCAGCUGCUGCAGUUUGCGUGUUGCGCUCUCACACACACAUCGCACUGUUGGAGGACGAUCGUUCACACACAACUCAACAGGCACUGGUAGGACGUGUGGGGGUGGUUGGUGCUGGGUGAUAUGGCGUGGUCCCAGCGGGAGAUCAUUCCCUCCCUGGGCGGUGUGAGGGUCGAGUGGGCAUGGUCCUGAGGCACUGCCAGCCACAGCUGCCCUGGCGUGGGCCGGUUUAUUACCCGAUCCUGGGGCCUGUCCGUGAGCAGGGCCUCAAUGGGAUGAGCCCCCCCACAGCCCCGUGUCUUAGACUCAUCAAACAUUCCUCUUCUGUGUGAAACAGGGCCAACCUUCACCCAAGGGCAAUGAAUGAAUGAAUGUAUGAAUGAAUGAAUGAAUGAAUGAUGUUAUUCACGUUCACACCUGUUUUCCGUUCUGGUUCCUCAGUGGUGGAAUGACUUGCCUACCACAGGACAGCAGAAUCCCUCCCCCUAUUUUGACGCAGACUCAAAACACACCUUUUCAAACUGUACCUUAGUCCUCCCUCCUGAUUUCCCCCCCCCCUUUCUGAUACCCCUAUCCUUGUC